AUGCCGGUGAAAGAUCUGCUGGCGAGAAUUGAGGAAUUAAGGGAUGUGAUGACUUCAUGCCAGGAGAAAAUGUCAAGUCUAGUUAAGGAUUACCAAGUAAAUGUUUUACAAACUGCCGCCGUGAUCGCAGCGGCUAAGAUAACUGAGGAAAAAGCCGGGAUUGAAAAGAAAAGACAGCGCCUCAGAAAACAGAUCGAAAAAGAAAGAGAACGGAGCCAAGAAACUGUCAAAAACGUUUGUAGCAGCGCAGGAAAAACCAUCGAAGCCUUGAUUCGCGAUCAAGAAAAGGAACUCCGCGAAGCUGUUAAAUGCUCUGAACAACAACAGGAGGUGAGGAUUUAGCGCUCGUUUUUUUAUUGUAUUUGCCAGCCUUUUGACUGGCUAAAUACCCACUUCAAUUAAUCAAAACAUACGCAAUAAUAACUUACUUAUAAGUAUUUUCAGAGCACUCACCAAUUUUGGGGUUUUCGGUCAAGUCGCUGCAAAGUCAUGUCGCCCGAAAUUUUAAGAAGUUGCCCGAAAUGAUGGGUUAUGUCGCCCGGAAUUUUAUCACAUGUUCAACAACAUCCUAUCAUCCCUUUUAGACAAUUAUCCUCAUCAUGACUUAAAGAAUGAGAUGUUACACAUUCAUCCCACUUUUUUCAUCCCAUCAUCGCUUAAAGGACGAGAUAUAUUACAAACACUUUUGAUUCAUCUUUACUUCUCUGUGUAGUACACGUGAUAAAAUUUCGGGCGAUAUAGCUCGGCAUUUCGCGCGGGAAGACCUUCGGGCGACUUGACCGGUUACCAUUUCUGAUAUUUUAUACUACAGGUGUUUCUUUGCUUUGAAUACUGACUCCUGAAAUGGCUUGCUUUGUUGACCACAGAGAGGGAAAACUAUAUUCAAGUUUCUAACCUUUUUCCUAGCUAAAAAAAACUUGCGGGUGAAUAAAAUCUUUAUCACUUUAGGUGGAGAUAGCGGAAACGCAAGCGAAAACCGAUCAGAAAAUUACAGACAGGAAGCGUAAACAUUCUGCGCUUCAGGAAGAAUGUGAUGAUUAUGAAGAAGAUUUCGCAUGCGCAGACUGCGGAAGACGAAGCCCUUGCAUGUUUAUGUGUGACCAGUGUCACGCAACCACGUACUGCAAUGAACUAUGCCAAGAAAGAGACUGGGACAAUCAUCAAAAACACUGCACAAAAGAAGUUGACUAA